AUGCUUGCAAUGGAUGAUGACGAGUCAUUCUGGACAAUGCAUGUUUCAAGAUACGCGAGGCAUGCAAAUCCAUACUGCAACGUGCUAUACAAAACAAAACGUUGCAGACAUUAUGAACGCUAUGGCACAUGCUCUUGGGGUGAAUCUUGUCAAUUCGCCCACGGACUCUAUGAACUGCGGCUCCCUCAAUAUCACCCAAAAUAUCGCACGAAGCUGUGCCGAAUGUUCUCUGUAUGGGGAUCUUGUCCUUGUUCUUUAUGGCAUGUGCGGUUAAAGGUCCAUUAUUUUAAUGAUUCAGCAUUUGCUGUAAAACGCGGAUAUCCUCAUGAUCAUGACGCCGAUCUUAUCGAUGUCUAA